CCCCUCUGCCCUAUCUCAGGCAUUAACAUGCUAAAAACAACAUAAGUCACGGAAAAGCAAAUCAUGCCAAAAUAAGGAAUCCACAAACAGUUUGGGAAUUAAUAGUGAAUGAUGCGUCGGGCCCGUGCAGGCGUGCUAACCUGGCGAUGGGCAGAGGUUUAGAGACAGUAUGGGAUAACAAUGGAAAAGUUGAGUUUGUGAACAGGUUGGGAAAGUUUGGGCCAAAAAAAAAAUUGUAGCGCUUUUCCUCUUUGCACGGAUGCGGUUUCGAGAAUCGACAACAUGCUGCGUGGGGGAAAUGGACCACAAUUCCAAAAGGUGCUUGGAUCUGUAGCCUAAUAUCCGUGGAGUUAAAAUGUGUGUGUGUGAAAUCUAACAAAGAAAGACAUGAACAAUGGCAGAAAGAGAGAGGAAGAAUGCGGCUGUGUACCGCAGCGUCUCUUUCAAAAAGUUGGGGUCCUGGAGCGCCAACAGGAGUGAAGACCAACAACACAAAUCAGAGGAUCUGGAGGCAGCUGGCGUCGCCCUUCCCCCGGAGCCCAGCAAAGCAGAACAGACCCUGGCGACGCGUAAUGUCAGUGUGUCAAGAAAAGUUUCCAAAAUCUCUGCCACCACCGCCGGCCUCCCAACCGCAGAUCCAAAGAGAGGCUCCUCCACUCCUCUCUCCUCUAUUUCUCCAUCCAUCCGCCAACUCACUGAGAAGUUUAGCAGCAGCGGCUCCGCCGGCACGGAUAGAGCCUCACCGGGAGACGGCGCAGCAGUGACGCGAGGGAGCAGUACUUUUCCACGGGCCAGGGGCUCCAGGAGAGACGGGUCUCGGUCUCGUAAAUCUUUUCACGAGGACAGCGGUGGUGGAUAUUUCCAGGAUAGUGAUAAUACUACUGCAGAGUCUCUCACAGACAACAAAGUGCAAAAGUUUCACUCUGGCACCGACUCUGUGUCAGGCUCGGACUCAGAGAAGAAAAGUGAGAAACAGAUUUUUUCACGUUUAUCAACCGACAGCAGCAGCAACUCUGGUAAGAGAGAUUAUUCACAGAUCAAUGCAUGUCCCUCUGAUCCCAAAAAGACUUUGACCACAGAUGAGGAAGAGGAUGUUACUGGUAGAGGGGUUCCUUCACCCUGUAAAUCUCACAGAAGUUACCUCUCUACACACCACAGUGACUUUAUUCCCCUGCACUCUGACAAGUGGCCCAGUGUCACAAAAAUUAGACAAAUUUUUGAUGAGAGACAAGGCAAAGCUACGCAGCAGCACAAGACUGACACUUGUGAGAAUUUAAAAGCAGCCGGCAGAGGCCAUCUGCACGAGCUCAGCCCCAGUGAGAGUGCUCCUCUCUCGGAUAGAAGUGACAAACACUCACCUUGCAGCUCUGCUAAUGAAGCCAGUAGCCUGUCUUUGCAUGGCAAAUGCAUAGUUGGAGCACAAAGCAGAGAAAGCAGUACUGCUAAAGAGACUUUUUGUUACGGUAUGGACUUUUAUUCCAAAGCUGACCACCAGCAGUACUCAAAUGAUGAGGAGGCAGACAUAGAGACACGUAGUUCUAAUAAAAACAACGCUUCUGGCAGAAAUACAUUUCAAAGCAGCAGCAGUAGCAGUUGCACUGGGGGUAGUCACUACCAUAGGAUUAACCCAUCUCCAUACAGAUCUCAUAGUCCCAGCACUGAGGCAGAGGCUGCCCUUAAGACCCCCAGGACAACAGGGUUGACAUCUGACCCCAACCCUGACCUUCAACCCCCUGCUACUUUGUCUUGGAGUCGACCGGAGAGCUUAGACACCAUCUCCUUCUCCACCUCUCUUCAGCAGCCGACAGUGAGGGAGAGAAGGGAUAGACAGGGGGUCGGGCUGCCCAGGGAUAGUUUACAUUCCUCACAUAGCUACUCUAGAGCGCCAGCCCCCACCACCUCCUCCCCCUCCUCUGCUCCAGCUCCAGAUAAAGCCAUUACCUCCUCCUCCUCAACUGUAGCUCCCUCCACCAAGCUAAGAGCCCCAGCAAAAGUUGCCUCUCCCCUCAGCUCCCGUUGGAGGUUUAGCUCUGGAGACGAAGAGGAGGAGCACACCAGGAAAAGAAGAGGAGGUGGAGGAGGUAGUUGGAGUGUUUCUUCUGGCCCUGCUCCUUUCAUCUCCUACAGAGCAGGAGAAAGGGGCACCACAGAGCGAGGAGGCAGCUAUUUAUCCCGCAGUAAAAAUGUCUGCUGGGGAGCUAAGGGCAUUGGCAGGUCUUCAGGCAGUGAGGAGGACAGCCCUAGUUCUUUAGGCCCCCACAGUCGAGAGGCAGUGCGCCGCCGCUCGCUGAGAAAGAAGAAGAAGGUCAGUGGAGCUGCUCUAGCAACAGGCCGUGAUGAUUAUGAUGAUCAUGAUGGCGAAUCAGAAGACAGCGACAGUGACGUGGCCUUGACAAUGGAGCACUUAGAGAGGCACCACCAACAAAACACAGGAGGAGAAUUUGCGAGAACAGCAUCUCGGAGCCAUUCUGCAAGAGAACCCUGUAGUCAUAGUAACAGAGCCAGGGUACAGCAAUGGGAGCGCAUCUCCUCACCUGCAACGUCCACAACACUUCCUGGUGUAUCACGAGUGUCGAAGGUCAAUAUCCCCCCAUUUGUUUCCAGUCCUGGUGGUUCACGUUGCAGCAGCCGAUAUUCCAGCACUGAGACACUGAAGGAGGAGGACCAGGCUAGCUGCACCAACCGUACAGCAAAUGUGUUUUUUAACCUGGGCGGAGCUGGAGGCAGCACUAGCAAAACUGCGUCCUCGUCCAUGCUGAGUAAAACGUACCAUGGGAAUUUUACCAUGUACAGAUCCCCAAGCUUUGGCCAUGGGGAUAACUUCUCCCGUACCCCUGUGCGGGUGCGCCCUAAGGUUGUGCCUACAGUCUCCUCCUUACCUAGUGUACUUUCCAGACAAAGUGGAGUAUCUGCAGGGGUUAGGGGUGGUGAGACCAUGGCAAUAAGGAGGACAACAAGUGGGGAUGGGGUCGAUGAUAAUGAUAAAAAUGUAAUAUCCAUGUCCAACCCCGAUAUUGCCUCAGAAACUAUGUCACUCUUAAGCUUUCUGAAAUCUGACCUGUCAGAGCUCAAAGUGCGGAAAACAAGUGGAGACAAAUCUGGGGGCGUGGAGGGGUCAUCGGUGUACAGGAUGGGCUCACGGACUCAUGGCGGGACACUUCUACCUUCUGGUCAUCGGCCAUCACUGAAAGACCUGACCGCCACCCUGCGGCGUGCAAAAUCCUUCACUUAUUCAGACAAACCCACAACAGCCGUGAGGUGUUGCUUGAAAGGUGGCACCACGAAGAGGAGCUCCUCUGAGCAGCAGCUUGACUUGGAUGAGGAGAAGGAUGGAGGGAGGGUGUCAGUGUCAGAUAGGGAAGUAGAAAGUGAUGGGGGUGAUUUUAGGGUUGGGAGAGGACAAAGAAUGAGGGAUUAUAGAUUUGAUGAUGAGGAGGAAGUGAUGCCUCCAUUGCAGGAGAGGUAUGUGCAGGAAGCCAGACAGGUCAUUCAAGAUAUCUGCCAGAUGAGUACUAGGGAAGAUGAUGAUGUAGAUGUAAGGAGAAUUGACAAUGAUUUGGAGGAUGAAUGUUUCCAGGUCAAGAAAACAAAUGAGGAGAAGGAGAAAGCAGGAGUGAGUGUUAAGGAUGAGGCAAGGACAGAUCAAGAGGCUGAGUUUAAGAACACAAAAGACAGGGAUAAACAUGAGCGGGAGAGAGAGAACAGGGAGAGGGAGAGGAGCGAGAGGGAUGGACAAAGUAUGCAGUUGGAGAAGCUAAACAGCAGGGGCACAGUGUACAGGGAGAAGGCAAAAAGACAGAGCAGAGAGACAGAGAGAGCCUUACUGAAGGGCGACUCGGGGGAAAGCAUGUUCUAUGACCGCUCUGUGGAUGAACUUUCGGGCCAUGAGUCUAGUUUAACAGAUGAAGGGAUUGUAACAGAGCCAGAGACAGGCCCUAGUGACCCGUCCGAGAGGUCAUUCUUGGGGUCAGCAGGGGAUAAUCUAGGGUCACGAAUUGCUAGGGAUGUGCUAGGGCAGCCUGUCACUGUAUGGAAGCAAUCGGCUCUCCAUGAAGCUGAAGGUUUUAAGCAGGAUAGAGAAGAGAUGACAGAGAACAGCGUGAAUUGCACAAAUCGUCUGAAUGAACUCAGCGCACUUCCCACCUUGCCUCUUUCUGCCUGUACGGCUGAGAGUGACAGUAUCAUCAUGGAGCUGAGCAGCACUGCUGGUAUCAACAAUGUCAACACUACCACUGAGGAGAUCAACACCAACAGCGCUGUGUCGCAGAGGUCAGCAGGCACCGCAGCAGGAGGAGGAGGACUUGAAUCCCCUGCGACCCCAAGUGCUAUCCGUCGAAGGCGCAAGUUCUCCCCGUCUGGUAAUAACAACACAGGCUCAGAUUCCAGUAAUGGCAGUAAUGCAGAGUCAACAAUAGCAGCUGUCGGAAAUGGGGAGUCCACAGUCUACCGCUCUCUCAGUGACCCCAUGCCUCAGCGGCGCUGUUCUGUGGCAGAAGAAGGGAAUAACAAUUUUUCCUCUGUAGACAGCAACCUGUUAGGAUCCCUAUCUGUCAAAGGAGGAGGAGGUGCUCCAGAGGCCUCUUCUGUGGCCACCUUGUCAGAAUACAAGGGCAGUGUGGCCAGUGACUUGUCAGUUUACAGUGAUGGCGGGCUCCGUGAUGAUGCCGUUCGUGACUACAGUGGGGUGAUCAGAAGCAUUGUAGCUGAGCCAGGUGCAAUGGACAGACUGAUGACUGAUGACCAUGGCAAUGGCAAAGCUCCCAAGAAGAAGUCAUUCAGUGACCCCAGUCGCCGUAGCGAUGCCCCUUUACUUUCCCAGAAUGACCCUCAAUUCAGAGGGCAGACCGGCAUCACUCAGCCAAUCAGUGAACUGGAUCAACCUGGCCAGAUCCCACCUUCCAGCAGUGAGCCAAUCCUGAAUGAGCAGAGAGAGGAACUGUGGGAGCCAGAAGUUAAGCCUAAACACACAUUGGCAACACAAGCACAUCGCCAUGCAGACAGCAGUAAUAAAGUCAAGAAGGCUUGUUCACAGUCAGAAUGUAUCCCCCACUCUGAUAAUCAUGAUGAUGAUGUAAUAGACCAAGGUGCAGAAGAGAAAGAGGUGCAGAAGUUUAACUUUGACUUCAAGCUAGUUGGGGUUCUGUCCCCUAGAAUGAUUCGUCGCCCCCCCAGAAAGCGUCCAAACAGGCUGGCUCAGUUUUUUUCUCAUGAGGACCCAUUUGAGUCCCCAGAACUGGGUUCUGAGGAGCAAGGGGAUCACAGUGACCAAACAGACCUCACCCCUCCUCUUCCCCCUCCCCCAUUGCAAUCCAAAUCCAAAACCAGGCCCAAGCAUGUCCGCCAUGCCAGCGAACCCGCCACCUUUAUCCCCAUCUCCCCACCUCCACACCUCCAGCCACUGAAGGAAGCGGACUGCCUUGCCGUCCGACCCACUGCAGAGCCUCCAACCUUAAGUGAGCCUCCAGGAGACGAGGCCCCAUCUCUGGAGGACGUAACCCAGAAAUAUAUUCUGGAACUGAGCACUGCUGAGAGAGACACUGAAGGCCCAGGGCCUCUUCCAGUGGCCAGGGAUGGAGCUGAAGGUUCAGUAUCAGCUUCAGAGGGGCCCAGCGAGACCAGCACAAGUGGAAUUACAGAAGCUGGACCACAGAAGAAGAGCACAGAGGACACUGCAUUCACGGCUACCCCACAGAGGACCAAGCCCAGAGUGGACAUGAGGAAACAUGUGAUGAUGACCCUCUUGGACACAGAGCAGUCAUAUGUGGAGUCACUACGCAGUCUCAUUCAGGGCUACAUGCGUCCUCUCAAACAGCCAGACAGCAGCUCUAUAGUGGACCCUCUGCUGGUGGACGAGAUGUUUUACCAGAUCCCAGAGAUUCUGGAGCACCACGAGCACUUCCUGGAGCAAGUCGCCGGCUGCGUCAGCCAAUGGCACGAUAGGCAGACUGUUGGACACAUCCUCAUCCAAUCAUUCUCCAAAGAGACUCUAGCUAAUAUGUAUUCAGCGUACAUUGACAACUUUCUCAACGCCAAAGAUGCUGUGAGGAUUGCCAAGGAGGCCAAGCCGGCAUUUCACAAGUUUCUGGAGCAAAACAUGCGUGAGAACAAGGAGAAACAGGCUCUGGGUGAUCUGAUGAUUAAACCAGUCCAGAGGAUCCCUCGAUAUGAGCUGCUAGUUAAGGACCUGCUCAAGCACACAAUGGAGGAUCACCCGGACUACCCAUACUUACUGGACGCCCAGAGGGACAUCAAGCGAUUGGCCGAGAGGAUCAAUAAGGGCCGUCGCUCCGCUGAGGAAGCAGAGAAGGAGGCCAGGGUCAUCCAGGAGAUCGAGGCGCACAUAGAGGGAGUAGAACAUAUACUGAACCCACAAAGGAAGUUCUUGAGACAGGAAAUGGUCAUGGAGGCGAAGACAGUGGGUGGGAAGAAAGACCGUUCUCUCUUCCUCUUCAGUGAUCUGAUCAUCUGCACCACCCUCAAGAGGAAGUCUGGCUCAUUAAGACGCAGCUCCAUGAGCCUAUACUCUGCUGCGAGUGUGAUCGAUACUUCCAGUAAAUACAAGUUUCUGUGGAAGCUUCCCCUGGAGGAAGUGGAGGUGGUGAAAAGCUCCACUCUGGCAACAAACAAGGAGAGCAUCCAGAAAAUGAUUAGUCGAUUAGAUGAGGAUCUCAGCACUCUGGGUCAGAUCAGCAAACUGUCGGAGACCCUCAGCUUUCCACACCAGUCCCUCGAUGAGGUAAUAAAGGAUCUGAUGGCGUCAGUUCACAGGGAGCUGUCAGAGAAGCAGUCCCUGGCCUUCAGUAUGACCUUCCUGCCCACAAAGCUGGAGUUCACCACAGCCUCCGCCGAGAGCAGCUUCAUCUUCGAGUUUACCUCGCCUGACAUUCGUUCCAACUUUGAACAGGCCUUUGAAGAAGCCAAGAAGAAGCUAGCAAUGAAUAAGGACCAGUGGGACCCAGAGUUUCUGAAGGCCAUUCCUAUCAUGAAGACACGUAGUGGAAUGCAGUUUUCGUGCGCCUCUCCCAGCCACAGCUGUCCUGACAGUGGCUGCGAGGUGUGGGUGUGUAACAGUGAUGGAUACGUGGGACAGGUUUGUCUGUUGAACAUAAAAGAUGAGCCCACAGUGGAGGCCUGUAUUGCUGUCUGCUCAGCGAGGAUCAUAUGUAUUGCUGCGGUACCAGGACUCAAGGGAAGGGAGCGUGAAUCAGAGCCUGCCCUCGCCCCUAUCUCCGGAGCACCCGGUCAUGCCCAGCAGCAGCUCCAUAUAUCUAUCUCUCAUUCAUCUCUGGAGCUGACGGAGCAACCUACAGGACCAGGGGCGGAGCUUGUUCCUUUUGACAGUGAUGACACCGAUGACGAGGAUUCACCCAGCCCUUCCUCCACUCUUCAGAGUCAGGCCAGUCACUCCACCAUAUCAUCCAGCUAUGGCAAUGACGAGGGUCCAGGCUCCAAGGACAUGGCUACAGAGACCACCAGCAGUGAGGAGGAGCAGGAGUUCCCGGUGGCAAGCUCCUACGGAGCUCCGGGGAUGUUAGGGGUUGGAGGAGGAGGAGGUCGCACCCACACAGAGAGCCCCAUGGACGGCCGCGCCAUGCGCCGCUCCUCCCGAGGCUCGUUCACCAGGGCAAGCCUGGAGGACCUGCUCAGCAUCGACCCAGAGGCCUACCAGAGCUCAGUGUGGCUGGGCACAGAGGACGGAUGCAUCCACGUGUACCAGUCCUCGGACAACAUCCGUAAUCGUAAAAACAGCAUGAAGAUGCAACACUCAGCCUCCAUCCUCUGUAUACUGUAUUUUGACAACAAAGUGUUUGUGUCCUUGGCCAAUGGAGAGGUGAUUGUCUAUCAGAGAGAAGCAGGUAGUUUCUGGGACCCUCAGUCAUCCCAGAUGUUAGCUCUGGGCACACCCAGUAGCCCUGUCACCAAAAUGGUUCCUGUGGGAGGAAAGCUUUGGUGUGGCUCCCAGAACAGAGUCCUUAUUAUCAACACGACUACACUAGUACAAGAGCACUGGUUCCAGGUGGGCACAGACAGCAGUCGGUGCGUGACUUGCAUGGUGGCGUACGGUCAGGGUGUGUGGUUGGCAUUGCAGGGCAGCGCGCAGGUCAAACUGUACCACGCUCAGACCUUGGAGAGCCUGACAGAGGUGGACGUGGCGCCUGCUGUGCAUAAGAUGCUUGCAGGUGCAGAUGCGAUCAUCAGACAGCACAAGGCCGCCUGUCUGAGGAUCACAGCAUUGCUGGCCUGUAAGGAUCUGCUGUGGAUCGGCACCAGUGCAGGGGUGGUCCUUACACUGGCGAUCCCAGCGGUGAGCUCAGGAACUGGGGCUGGGACAGUGAAAUAUCCCCUGGCGCCGAUGGGUUCGGCUCAUGGACACACGGGCCACGUUCGGUUCCUGACAUCGAUCGAACUACCGGAAGGAUUUGACAUGAACUUCCCCCCUACGUCAACUGACUCCACAGGCAACCAUUCUCAGAGUGGCAGCACAGUUGAUGGGAACCUCCAAAGGCAUGACUCGGCGCGUCGCAGAGCCUCUGCCCACAUCCCUAUUAAAACCAACCAUCUAGUGAUUUCUGGCGGCGAUGGCUAUGAGGACUUCAGACUGACCAAUAGCAGUGAAACAGUCGGACGGGAUGACAGUACCAACCAUCUUUUGCUUUGGAGGGUCUGAGACAAUCGACCCCGGUUUGAACAACCCACUCCCUCUAGCUGAAAACGGUGCACAAGCUCCUGUCCUUUUCCCCAUUGGACUCCUCACUUUUUGCUGUUGUUGUUUUGGUCUUCUGCUCAGUCCACCAGUCUCUGUGUGCAUAAUAUGGCUGUCAACUCCCUCCUGGACUUACUUAAUGAAUAUGGUCACUUCAAACCCAGUUUUCUUGUGCUAAUGUUUCUGAUGGUGUGCGUUGUUCCUCACUGAGUGGUGUCUGUGCGUGUGUAUUUCGUUUUUAAACUCAAGUCUUUACAGAAGGAGACAGAGUAGGGAAAAAUGAAACUUUCACAUGUGGAUGUUUAGAUUAUGUUUAGACAAGUGAAGAAAAUAAAGACAGAAGAGGACUUGGACUCUGCAGAAUGUCAUUGCACAGGAGGUUGAAAGAGGACAUUUAAGUGAACUGAGACAUAAGUGAAGCAUGUAGUUGUCCUUUUGACAAUUUCUUUUGACAAGUUUUUUGGACUUUGACAUCAACCCUUUACUCAUUCAUCACUUCAUCUUAACCUCAACUGCAGACAAAAUGCCUCCUGAUGAUCAGAGGGAAAUGCCAUGUACAAAUAUGAAUAUCUAUGAAUGGAAACUAAGUAAAACAUACCAUCACAGACUGUAUUUUGAUGGAUAUUCUGAAUUUGCGUUGAUUUUUACAGCUAGAGUUCAAGCUUAGCAGAGAGGUUCAGUUGACAUCAGAGAGCUUUUAAAGGAGUCUUUAAACUCGCUUGUCCAGGACUGGACAACAACCCGUAAUGGCAGAUCUGAGAUCAGAUAUUUCUGCUAGGGUUGUAAUAAUAAUAUCUACUCCACAAUUCAUUGCUUAUAGAUGUGAGAAUGCUAAAAUCAUCUUUUCUGUGAACAAGAGCAUCAUUUAAGUGCAAUAUGUGGCAAGGGUAUCUAACAAGACUAUAAACACAUGCACACAGUCAACACACAUUAAUGCACAGCCUUCACUCACUGAAUCUGAAGAAAUUUAUGAAAAACAUAAAUGUGUGUUUUUUCCACAGAUAAUCAUGAUGUAUCUGAUUUUCUUAUUUAAUUUUUGGUGCCAGUUUAAGAUGACAUGAACGUAGAUGAUGCCCACUACUGGAGUUGAGUAGAAAAAAAAGUGCAUUGGCGACAUUCCUCCUUAACAUGACUAUGCCAAAGCCUUGUAUGUGUUAAUGUUUUGACAUUGAGGGAUCUCAAAAGAGUUCUUUUGCCAUGAAAUUUCAGUUUGUUGAGUGGAAAUCAGGAGCUGGUGUUGCUGAUUUUUAUAGCACACUUGCUAGAUGACGCUAGGCUGUGGUAGCAGAUAACGAUAGUUAUAUGUACAGUAUUUAUGGUUUUGAUUUUUAGCGCCUUCUUUUACAGCACUUAAUUUAUAGAAGAUGUAGCUUUCACUUUUUCUUUUUGAGAUGAAGAACAGGCCCUGGCUUGAUUACCAGAAUAGAUAAAUGGGCAUAGUUGGGUUCAGGCAGUAAGACACACACAAUAGGGGUGUAACGAUACAGUCCACUUAUGGUUUGGCACGAGACACAACGCACGGUUCUUGUUUUGGAGUUGUAUGGCUCCAUAAAUGCAGAGAAAUAGAACCAGAAAGGAGAGGGGCCUGAAAAUAUGUUUUGUCUCUACUCUUCCUUUGACUGUUGGUGGCCCAAAGACCCAGACUGCAAACUGAUCCAGCUGUAAAAUCAAUCCCAAAAUUCACUUCACGUUGUGUCCGAACACAGCUUGAUCCUUAUCUUGAACCAGCAGAGAACACAGUAGCUCUCUUGUGUCCGUUUGGGUGCAAAAUGCUAAGAUUUGCUUAAUAAUCAAUUAUUUUUGGGCUCCACAUGUGUAUUGUGGUAUUUCUAGAAAUAUAGCAGCUAAGAUGUAUUGUUACACCCCUAAUGCACAAACCCACACAAACACUGAUUUCAGUAUUGAUUGUUGGAGAUGCAUGUGGUUUGUUUGUGAGAGAGAGUGCACAAGAUGUAGAGUAGGUCAGAAGGACAAGUGCUGAGUACCUGCACCGCCUUCAGAAGGCUAAAAGUUAAGCCAUUAAUCACACACACAUACACAGAUCGAAAAGUCAGCUCUCCCCCGUCCAACAGCAGAUGUCUGGGGAAGUGAAGGGUGUCUCUGACUUGUCCUUGUGCGUACACGCGUUAGCCUCAGGCUUUGGGGUUAAGCAGUGAUUGUCUUUGAUCCCUCCAAGCCUAGAAAACCUCAUUGCACUUUGCCAGCCAUCUGGGCACUUCGCCUCAGCUUUCCCACUUCCCAAAUGCUUUCACAUUAGGUUAACUCUUCCACUGUGAGAGUGGCUAACAGUUAAGAGGAUUGGUUGGUUGUUGUGAUAGCUGCUAACUAGCUUGUGAGCUCUUUGCCUCUGUAAGUGUAAAGGCCUCUGUGUGCGUGUGUGUGCAUCCUCCACAAGUGCUCUGUUAUUCAGUUAAAAAAAAGUAGCUUGUUUGUGAUUUUCAAUUGAGGCCAAAUUCCAGCUAGCUUGUGAUACCCUGUGAAGAAUACAGCAGAAGAAAGUUUGAGGAUUUUAGCAAACGUUACAGGACGACAUUUUGGGAAAUAUGCUUAUUUGGUUUCUUGUCGAAAGUUAGGUGAUUGACACCACUCUCAUGUUUGUACAGUAAAUAUUAAACUACAGCCAGCAGCCACUUAGCUUAGCUUAAAGAUGGAAACAGGGGGAAACAGCUAGCCUGGCUCUGUCCAAAGGAACAAAACUGCGUCUGUGUAAAUGCUCUAAAGCUCACUAAUUAAGACGUUAUAUCUUUAAUUAUUCCAUACAAAAACCAAAGUGUAAAAAUGCUCAGGAAGUCACUGCUCUCUGCUAAGUAAGUCAUAGCACAUGUGUGUCAUUUUUACACUUCAGUUUUUGUACUCAUUUAACAAAUUAGAUAUAAUGAAAGUGAGUUACCUUGCUAGCUGUUUCUGCUGUUUCCAGUCUUUGUGCCAAGUUAAGUUAACCUACUGCUGGCUGUAGCUUCAUAUUUAACAGACAGACAUGGGAGUGGUAUUAAGCUAACUCUAAAUAAAAAAGUGAAUAUGAUUUAAAGGAAUAAUUGAACUCAAUAAUGUCCUCUAAUGUUAAGGUAGCAGAUGUGUUUUUUUAUGUUCUCUAUGAUUCACAACAAAAGUAAUAUUUGUGUUCUCAGUGCCAAGAGCUGCCAAGUUACCCAUGAAAAUAAAUGCUGUAUAUCUAUGCUGGCUGUAGAGCAGUGGAGAGUUACUAUAUUUCUGUGAACAGUGAGAAAAUGGGUGUGUUGAGAGGAAUAUCUGUGUGCUAUCUCUGCUGGUACCAGCACUUUUGGAGCACUGUUUCUAAAACUGUGAGUUGGGCAGCAAAAAAGGGUCACAGCCCCUCAGUUAACUGAAUUUUUAGUGUGUUUUCGAGCUCUAGGGUCUCUGGGUAAAACAUAAUUACUUAAUGUCCUGAGCUGAAAACAGUUCUACAAUUUUGUUUGAUGGCUCCAUUAAUGAUUUUCUGAAACUGCUACGAUGGAGUCAAUAACUUUAAUUUCAGCCGAUUCAGAAAGUUAGAUUUUCUUUAAAAUCUGAAAAAUAUUUGCCUUAAAAUAUACUUUUACAUUUCCUCAGUAGUCAUAUAAGUAUUAAUAACUGAAUAUAUUUUCAGCAGUUGCAUUUUAGGUUUUGAACCCAGUGUAAUGACUUAGACGCUCUUCAUUUUACAGACAUACAAGCACCCACACACGCGCGCACACAUCUUAGAUAUGAAGUAAAACUCAAUGCUAAUUUGAGCAGGAUUGAGAGAAUGAACCAAUGUUGUGUGCCAGUUAAAGAAACAGAAAAGAUUUACACUUAAUUUUCACCAUCGCAUCAAACUCAUCCUUACAUCACUGUAACUUUUAAGUAACCUUCUCAUGCCCGUAUGUGAAAGAAGUCUUUAUUGUUGUAAAUAUUAGUAUAUAUUGCCUUUUUUCUGUAAAUAGUGCACCCACGGUCCUCAAUUGUUGAUAUGAAUCUAAUGGCAUAUUUUUAUAUAUUUGUGUAAGGUUUGUUUUUGUUUGUAUUUUUUCCCUUCCUCUCUGGCAUGCACUGUCAGUAAUGUUUAAAUUAUAACUGUCAUAGAUCUUUCCAAAAGAAGACAAGAUGGCCUCUGUUGUUACCAGGGGAUAGAGUUUUGGCAUUGAUGUUUUCACUCGUAGUUAGCUCCAAAACGUACGUUUGCCUUGUUAUGGACGUCUACAGGAAGGAAAACACCUGGUCAUAACUCUGUUUAUCUCUGGUUGACAUCUUGUGGUUGUCAUGGUUACAGUCUAUCAGAGUUACUUCCUGUAUGUAGCUGUUUUUGUUUUGUCACUGUGGGUUUCUCUUUGUAAUUAAAUCAGUUCACUGGU